CUGCUGUUGCACUUUUCGCUCGACCCAAGUUGCUUGCUGCAUAAUAAGCUUAGAAAACGGGGGCUGGAUAAUACCAUCAAACCUCAAGGAUCUCGAACCUCCAAGGAAAAAAGAAAGCGUAUCUGCCCAAAAAGGCGCCAAGCUAGGUAGCGGCCCGCUCUUUAGAAUCCAGGAACAGGGAAGGACAGGACCUUCAGCUGGCCACCGCCGAUUCCGAUUGUCGAAAACUCUUUUUUUCUUCCAUCAUUCUCCCUCGACACCGUUACUCUUCAAAGAUCGUGGCAGGGAUAUCAGAUCGGAUUUGGGAUCUGGUCCAGCUUACUUGUUUCAUCUCUCCCUUUCGAGGAACUUCUCACAAGACGUGUCGAUAUCAGGCUUGACCGCUUCCCGUCGAAAAACAACUCAUACCUAAUUCACGAUGACGCUCAACCUCAACGACUUUGAUGUCCUGGUGUUUGAUAUUGAAGGAACCGUUUGUCCCAUCUCCUUUGUCAAGGAUGUCCUAUUCCCAUAUGCACUCGAGGCACUUCCCAAAGUCUUGGAACAAGAGUGGGACAGCUCAGAGUUUGCAAAGUACCGUGAUGCUUUCCCCGAAGAGUACCGCAACUCGCCUUCUGACUUUGAAGCCCACGUACGCGAUCUCGUGAAGCGCGAUGUCAAAAUAGCCUACCUCAAGUCGCUCCAGGGAUAUCUCUGGCUGCAAGGUUACGAGUCGGGCAACAUCGUCGCUCCUCUCUUCCCAGAUGUCGAAACUUUCUUCAACGAGGCCACCCAGAGCGGAAAGAAGAUCAUCAUCUACUCCUCCGGCUCGGUCCCUGCGCAGAAGCUGCUCUUCGCGCAUACGAAUUCUGAGAAGUCAGAUAUGACACCUCUUAUCGCCGAUUAUUUCGACACCACCAAUGCGGGGCCCAAGACCGAGGUCGACAGCUACAGCAAGAUCAUCUCUCAUCACCCGGAGCACAAGGACCUCAACAGAUGGCUCUUCCUAAGCGAUAACAUCGAUGAAGUCAAGGCUGCUGUUGGGGCGAGUAUGCGAAGCCUGCCCGUCGUUCGUCCUGGAAACGCGCCGUUGCCGCCAAAUGAACCUUUGUCAAAAGUCGCAAUUACCGAGUUCAAGCACUCAGAAUUUGCUUCAUUAGGAGUAUGAUAGACGGCUGCAUGCAAAGGUCCUUCGGAGGGUGGGGAAGUGAUAGUCGUCGAAUAGCGUGGCAGUGUUCGUGCGGAGAAAGCAGGAGUAGUAGCUCGCUAGGGAUUUCUAGUUCCUCAAAUCCGAGACCAAAACGGCCAGCUGAUCUUGUCCACUGAUGAUCUGGUGUCCACAAACUGCAUGAGUACUACCCGCCCCCUUAUCAGUCGUGCGACGUUGGGAGUUGCAGAUAGUCGAUCUGUUGCUGCAUGCGCAGUACAGUGUGUAUUCGCCAAGACCGUGCCGAUAGUGUAUUCGUUAUCAACCUCACACACUCGUAAUGCCAGCUCACUAUCGUGUGCUCAACAAAGGUGUAUGUAAAACGCCAUAUGUUUCGAUGUGCUGAUUGAUGGUUGGAUAGCUGCGCAUAUGCAGCUCCUUGAGGCCCCACGCUUUGUCG